AUGCCUGAAAAAUAUAAUAUUAAGAUAGACAGGAAUGUUUCUCCUGCUGUACAUGCAGCACGUUUGGAGGCGAUAGAAAAAAUGGGUAUUGCUAAGUUGGUCGCUGGUGUGGAGAAAGAAGAGUCAACGGAAGAGUUUGCUGAUUCGUUUCAAGGUAUCGGAAAAAUGCCUGGAAAAUAUAAUAUUAGGAUAGACAGGAAUGUUUCUCCUGCUGUAUAUGCAGCACGUAAGUUUCCAAAUGCAAUUAUGAAAAUAUUUAAUGAAAGGUUAUAUAAAUUAGAGAAGGAAAAAAUAAUUAUUAAAGAGGAAGGUCCAACAGAAUGGGUUAAUUCUCUCGUUGUAGUAGGUAAAAAAGGAGGUGAUUUUAGAAUUUGCAUGGAUCCCUCUGAAUUGAACAAGGCCAUUCGUAGAGAACAUUUUUAUAUUCCCACAAUUUCAAUCUGUAUUCCUUAUCGUCAGUUUCAGAUUCAUCUCUUUUCCGUUUUUUAGCUUUAAGCUGAGAAGCAUGCUUCUCUCCAGUCUCAAGAUCUUCAAAAUCACCGGUAACUUCUGACUCAAGAAUUCUUUAUCUAUAUUAACUUGUUGCUGGCUUCUCGAUACUGCUUUCAGCAGACUUCCCAGCUCAUAUAAAUUAUUUUUGGAAAUUUUUUGAAGUGCAUCAACUGUUUUCCACGAAAUCAAUUACCAUUGUUAAUAUCUUGAAGAAUGUAUUUUCCAAAUACGGAAUUCCAUUGAUUGUAUAUAGUGAUAAUGGACCUCAGUUCCAGAAUUCAUUGUUCAGAGAAUUUUCAGAAAGUUAUG